AUGUUGGAUGGCCUAUGCAAAUGUGGACAUAUUGAGGAGGCCCUGCAAUUCCUGCAGAAAAUGCAAUUUGAUGGAGUCAAACUUGAUAUAACUAUGUACAACAUCAUUCUUCAUGGAUUGUGCAAAAGUGGGAGGUUUCAAUGUGCAGGGGAUCUUUUCAAUAAUCUUUCUUUAAAAGGAAUGGAACAUAACGUGUCAACAUAUAAAACGAUGAUUACUAAUCUUUGUCUAAAAGGUUUGCUGGAUGAAGCUAAAGAGUUUUUUGUGAAGAUCUAUGAAUCUGGAAGUUUAAGGGACAAUAUUAGCGAUAUUGAUAAGCUGGAAAAUGCUUUGAGCUUGUACAAUCAGAUGGUCCCGAUGAGGCCUUUGCCUAGAGUUAUUCAAUUCAAUAAACUUCUGGCCCGUAUUAUUAAGAUGAAGCAUUAUCACUCAGCUAUUUCCGUUUUCAGAGACAUGCGUGGCAACAAGGGCAUUAUUCUAGUUGAUGAUUACACAUUGGGCAUGGGCAUUGACUGUUACUGCCUCGUGGGUCGAGUGGAUUUUGGAUUUUCUCUAUUUGGUGCCCUCUUGAAGCUUGGUUUUUUACCCAAUGCUACCACCUUUGGCACAUUACUCAAGGGGGAAGGAUCCUUGCAAGAUGCAGGAGAUGUAUUUGAGAUCAUGAUUCAGAGAGGUGAAAAUUCUGAUACAGUUAUAUAUAAUGUCCUGAUGAAUGGAUACUGUUUGCAGGGCCAAAUGGAUAAAGCAAGGAAAAUUUUUGACACCGUGGUUAAUAGGGGUGUGCAUCCAGAUAUUCUAAGCCACAGUACUCUAAUGAAUGGGCAUUUCAAGAAAAAUGAAAAUGAUAAGGCCAUGCAUCUCCUCAGGGAAAUUCCACAGAGAGGUUUGAGAGCUGACGUUGGUACAUAUAAUAUUGUCUUGCAGGGUUUGUUCAGGAUGGCAAGGUAUCGUUCUGCAAGAGAAGUAUUCGUUGAGAUGCAAGCUGUUUCCUUAACUCCUGAUUUUCAUACCUACUGUACAAUGUUGGAUGGCCUAUGCAAAUGUGGACAUAUUGAGGAGGCCCUGCAAUUCCUGCAGAAAAUGCAAUUUGAUGGAGUCAAACUUGAUAUAACUAUGUACAACAUCAUUCUUCAUGGAUUGUGCAAAAGUGGGAGGUUUCAAUGUGCAGGGGAUCUUUUCAAUAAUCUUUCUUUAAAAGGAAUGGAACAUAACGUGUCAACAUAUAAAACGAUGAUUACUAAUCUUUGUCUAAAAGGUUUGCUGGAUGAAGCUAAAGAGUUUUUUGUGAAGAUGUAA